AUGUCGAAGGCCAGUGUCUCCAGUGUGAGCAUAUGUGCAGAGCAAAGUUCAAGGCCUAUAGAUCCGCCAGUGAGCGAUCUUGACUUAGAUAGCACUAUUGAUGAAAAUUUUGAUCAAAGUGCAGUGAACCGCGCGAUUUUAAUGAGUUUGAAUCGCUUAAACGAAAAUUUUACAAGCUUUACUGAGCAAUAUCAGGAAGAUGAUGUUGAAAUAGAUUCUCAGCCAACUGACGACCAUGUUGAGAAUCCUGAAAAUGUCGAUAUUCAGGCGGACAUUGAUAGUUUAAUUCAAUCAGGCGGACAAGUUGACCGUGUUAGUGCCGACAUCACUAAUGCCAAUGCAAAUGAAGCUGAAAUUUUGCAAUAUGAGCAACAAUUAGAUCUUAACGUUGAUGUUAAAGGGCCAGCAAUUAGUCAGAAAAUUGGCGAUUUGGUUAAUAAAUUGCGACUGCAAAGAGUAAGCCAAGAUCAAGCUAAAGCGAUCGCCAAACGUCAUAAUACACCCGAAAAUGUUCAAUUAUGCCUGCCUAAAUGUGAACCAAGUAUUUGGAAUGAAAUUCCUGGCAAGGCACGCGUUACAGACAUUAAAUUUCAGUCAACACAAGCUGCAUUGUUAGGUUCUAUUAAUUGCCAGCUUGAAGCAACUAAUUCCUUGCUGUCGGCUAAUGUGUCCAAAGAUGUUCUAAACAGUUGUUUAGAUGGCCUCACACUGGCAAUGACUGCUAAUUAUGAGCUCAAUCAACGACGACGGGAUGCUAUCAGACCUCAAUUUAAAGCGGAAUUUGCCAAGGGGCUUUGUAGUACUACGAGUCCAGCUGACGAAUUUCUUUUUGGAGGCGACACUGCUAAACGCGUUAAAGAGAUGGCCGAGUUCAACAAACACAAAGUGUGUAAAGGCACGACCAGAAUUUUCAGAAUGUGCCCCAGUACGAGCGAAAGCAAGCAACCAAAAGCCCACUCGCAACUGGUAUGUUGACUUAUUAACUAAUGUUAAAUCACUUAUUUCUGAGCAGCCAGGUUUUAGGGCUGGUAAUACUAAGAAUUGUGUUUCUAAAUGGUCAGAGAUCACAUCUGACCCAGAGAUUUUAGAUAAUAUAGAGCAUUGUCACAUAGAGUUCAUUGCUGACCCUUCUAAAUAUAGCAUUCCAGGGCAUCAGUAUUUUAAUGUCCACCAACAUGAUAUUAUUAGUAAGGAAGUAGAUAAACUACUGCAGCUUGGAGUCAUAUCAAAAUCGAUGCAUGCUGCGGGAGAAUGUAUAUCUCCAAUUUUUGUAGUACCAAAACCGGAUGGUUCAUAUCGAUUGAUUUUUAAUUUUAAGCGCUGUAACCAGGCUGUUCUUUACAGACAUUUCAAAAUGGAUACGCUUGCUGCAAUUCUUAGUCUUGUUACUCCAGGAGCCUAUAUGGCUUCUAUUGAUUUAAAGCAUGCAUAUUACACUAUUCCUAUUGCAGACGAACAACGGAAAUUUCUCAAAUUCGUUUGGAAUGAACAACUGUAUGAGUUUUGUGUACUGCCCAUGGGGCUAACUAGUUCUCCCAGAAUUUUCACCAAAGUCAUGAAGCCAGUUUUGGCUACUCUUCGACAAAAAGGACACAUUAACAGUGGUUUUAUUGAUGACUUUUAUUUUCAAGGUCAGGAAUUUUCGGAUUGCGCAGUUAAUGUAUCGGAUAGUGUUAGACUUUUUAUUAGUCUCGGGUUGCAUGUCCACCCUGACAAAUGUGCAUUGAUACCCUCCCAAGAGCUCUUAAUUUUGGGGUUCUUAAUAAAUAGUUUGUUAAUGAUAGUAAAACUUCCCCUAGAGAAAAAGGUCAAAUUGCGAGAUCUCUGUUUACAGGCUUUGCGUGGCAACAAACUUACAAUUCAAUUCGUUGCUAGUGUUAUUGGUACACUUAUCUCUGCCCUCCCUGGGGUUGAGUUUGGUCGGUUACACUAUCGCAAUCUUGAACGCGAUAAAAUUAACGCCCUUGCACGGAAUAAUGGAAAUUAUCGGGCAUUUAUGCACCUUUCUGAGGCAGCAAAGCAGGAGCUUCAGUGGUGGACUACACAUGUAAUGCAUGCAUCUAGGCGACUACGUCAUCCCGUCAUCUCCUAUAUCUUUCAGACUGAUGCUAGUGAUCUUGGCUGGGGCGUAACGUGUACUACUAAUCCUCAGUUACAGUCUCAGGGUUUGUGGACAAGUGAACAGCGUACCCUACAUAUUAAUGUAAGGGAACUGUAUGUUGUUUUUAUAUGUUUAACAAUAUUUGGUAUGGAGAAGUCUGACGUCCACAUUAAAUUCGAGUUAGACAAUAUGACUGCCGUUAGUUAUAUCAAUCACAUGGGGGGAUGUAGAUCUUCUGCUUGUGAUACAGUAGCCAGAAAGAUUUGGGCGUGGUGCAUUUCCCACAAUAUAUGGGUCACUGCUAAUUAUAUUCCAGGACCCAGCAAUGUAGUUGCAGAUUCACUUUCUAGAAAACAUCUGUCAGAUCAUGAAUGGCAGCUUAAUACGGAUAUUUUUCACAAACUCUCCAAAAAAUUCCCUAAGUUUAGUAUUGAUCUGUUUGCAUCUUUGUUGAACAGACAGGUAGCACGGUAUGCCUCUUGGCACCCGGAUCCACAUGCUGCAAUAGUGGAUGCUUUUAGUGUAUCAUGGGCGAAUGAAUAUUUUUAUGCUUUCCCUCCUUUUAGUCUCAUUCCGAAAUGUCUGGAGAAAAUCUCUCGAGACCAAGCCGAAGGGGUUUUACUGGUCCCUGCAUGGCCCACACAAACAUGGUACCCUCUUCUUCUACAGAUGCUCAUUCAGCAGCCAAAGCUGUUGUUGUGGACCCCUCAAGUGGACUUAUUGAGACACCCAUUAGGCAAGGUUCACAGCAUGCAAGGAAAACUGAAGUUGAUGGCAUGUCCCUUGUCCGGCAACAUUAUCAGAACCAGGGCUUUUCUGACCACAUUACCGGUGUACUCCUCGAUUCAUGGCGAACUUCUACACAAAAACAGUAUGCGAGUUAUCUUAAAAAAUGGAAUUUAUUCUGUCGUGAAAGGAAAAUUCUUGCACAUUCCCCUACUUUAAAUCAAGUUUUGGAAUUCUUGUACACACAAUUGCAUUUAUCAUAUUCUAGUAUUAACAGUGCCAGAUCAGCGUUAUCAUGUUUUCUUUCUAUUGGUAACUUUCCAGUGGGGAAGCACCCAAUAGUUUGUCGUUUCCUAAAAGGGGCAUUUGAACGGAAACCACCUGCUAAUAAGCAUCAUGCUAUCUGGGAUGUCCAAACAGUUUUGGCUUAUCUGAAAACGUUCACCCCUAACAGUGGUUUAAGUCUUAAAGAGCUUAGUCACAAAUUAACAAUGUUAUUGGCUUUGGUGACUAUUCAGCGGAAGCAAACUUUAAUACACCUCAAUAUUAACAAUGGCUGCAUGAUACAAUCAGAUGUUCAAUUUGUGUUUGUUCUUGAUAAGCAUAUCAAACAAAGCAGACCAAAUUAUUCAGUUCCACCUGUUAUUGUUCCUAGAUACAAUUUGGAUUCUGAUGUUUGCCCAUAUUUAUGUUUAGAAGCGUAUCUUGAGAAGACUAAACAUUUACGACAAAGUGUCAAUUUACUCGUUGCAACGAUAAAACCGCAUCGUGCUAUUGGAUCUCAAACUUUAGCUCGAUGGAUUAAAAUUGUCUUAGCCGGUGCUGGUAUUGACAUUACUUUAUUCAAACCACAUUCUACACGACACGCGGCUGCAACAGCAGCCUAUGCAGCAGAUCUUCCAGUAGAUGAAAUUCUGCAAAGAGCAGGUUGGAGUAAUGCUACCACAUUUAGGCGCUUCUAUUACAAAGGGGUUAUUGAGUAG